UUCUACUUCACUGUAUGAUCCUUCUUUGCACACGGUUCGAACACUGCUUCACUCCUCCCUCCAUCCCAUCCCUCUCCAUUUUCAUAUCUAUAUAUAUUAAAUUCUUGGAUUGCCCAUUUUAACGUUUCCAAAAGCUUUUUCCAUGUUGUAAGAAUUUCCCAGAAAAAGAAAACAUGGUUCCUAGACAUUACUUACUCCUUUUCUUCUUCCUCUUUGGUUUGUCUUGUUUCCAAGCACAAGCCCGCUUCAUUACCGGCCGUCCAUCCCCAACGGAUCUCGUAUCCGAUGGAAUCUCCACUGUUAAAAACCCACCUUACCUCCUCCUCAAGCCUCUGGCUUCGGCGGAGGAAUCCUGUGAGCAGACGUAUGGGUUCUUACCCUGCACCACCACGGCGCUCGGGAACUUGUUUUUGAUCAUUGUUUAUGGGUGCCUCAUGUUUUUAGCUGCUACUUACUUGUCCAAUGGAAGUGAGCUUUUGCUUCAGAUCCUCGGUCCCGGGAUUGUCGGAGGAUUGUUCUUGCCUAUUCUUGGAGCUCUGCCCGAUGCAAUGCUUAUUCUUGUAUCUGGACUUUCUGGAACCACAGAAACUGCUCAAAGUCAGGUCUCUGUCGGGAUGGGGCUACUAGCUGGGUCAACUGUCAUGCUUCUCACCGUGAUAUGGGGAUCCUGUGUUGUUGUUGGCAGGUGUGAUCUUCGUGAUUCAGUUGCAGUAGAUGGAACAAUUACAAAAGGAUUUAGCCUAACAGAGACUGGUGUCAGUACUGAUAUUUGGACUUGCUAUGCUGCAAGGAUAAUGGCUAUCUCGGUUAUCCCAUUCAUUAUUGUUCAACUACCACAAAUUCUCAGUUCAACUUCAGGAAGACACUUAGCAGUUUUGAUUGCACUUAUUGUAUCACUCUCAAUGUUGGUUUCUUAUUGCCUUUAUCAGGUCUUUCAGCCUUGGAUCCAGAGAAGGCGACUUGCUUUUGCAAAGCAUAAACAUGUUAUAUCAGGAAUCUUAAGACACUUGAAAAAGACUGCUUUAGGAAAACUACUUGAUGACAACGGUGAUCCUAAUACAGAAAUUAUAAGAAAGUUGUUUGAUACAAUUGACGAGAAUCAUGAUGGUAGUCUUUCAAAUUCUGAACUGAAAGCAUUUAUUAUAGGAAUCCGUUUUGAAGAGAUAGACUUGGAUAGGGAUGAUGCUGUGAGAAAAGUGAUGGCAGAUUUCGAUACCUCCCAUGACUCUCUUGUUCAAGAGGGGGAGUUUGUAAGAGGCAUUCAAAAAUGGAUUAUUGAGGCAAAGCGAACCGGUGGUACUUAUCUUGAAUCUAAUAACGGAACCUUUAAGUUUAUUGACCAUUUUCACCAGCAAACCAAGAGAGAACAUGAUUUGUUGGGGUUGGAGGAACAAAGUGAUGAGGUUGCUGAGGGUGUUGAAAACCCUGGAUGGACCUCCUUAAAAGCAGUACUAAUGUUACUGCUGGGUACCCUUAUCGCAGCUGCAUUCGCAGAUCCACUGGUAGACGCAGUUGAUAAUUUUUCUGAUGCAACAAGUAUUCCAUCUUUCUUCAUCUCAUUCAUUGCAUUGCCAUUGGCUACCAACUCUAGCGAAGCUGUAUCAGCCAUUAUCUUUGCUAGCCGCAAGAAGAAGAGGACUGCAUCAUUAACGUUUUCUGAGCUUUAUGGGGCAGUAACCAUGAAUAACGUCCUCUGCCUGUCAGUUUUCUUGGCACUUGUUUACGUCAGGGGAUUGACAUGGGACUUCUCAUCUGAAGUGCUGGUUAUUCUUAUUGUUUGCAUCGUGAUGGGUGCCUUUGCCAGUUUCCGCACUACUUUCCCGCUUUGGACAUGUUCGGUUGCUUACCUCCUUUAUCCAUUUUCUUUGGCGCUUGUUUAUGUUCUUGAUUAUGUCUUCGGUUGGUCAUAGGUUCAUGAAUGUGGUGACUAGUGUAGGAGAUAAGAAUCUGGUUUUUCUGUUCAUCUGUUCAUGGAGGGCAGCAGAUGUUACUAUGGAAACUCCAAUUCAGUGUAAAUUCGUACCUGGAAUUCAAACAAGAUCAAGUGCCUAUAGUCUCAUUCAUGCUGCUUCCUGGUCCAAACUGCACUACUCUCAUCAGAUCUGGAAGAAAAAAAGAAUUAACAUUAACAUCAAGAAAUGGGAGAAGAAGAAGAAGAUCAUGCAAGUUAAAGCUCUUCGGGUGUUUUUGGGGUGGGUGAUGCUGAUCAUGCCAGAAACAUGGAAUCAAAGGAAAACAUUCAACGAAGCUAGAGAACUGUAUAUUGCAGAGAGAAGAGCUGCAGUGAAAACCACUGCCUUUCCUUAUCUUUUAGCUACACUAGAAGACUCUGUAAUGUUGACUUCAAAAAGCUAGUCUUCGUAUGAUCAAAUUUGGCAUGCAGGGGCCUAGCCAUUGAUGUAAUGUAUUCAUUGUUAUGACUUGACUUGCUGCCACAUUGAAGGCCUAAUACAAGAACACCAACACCAAUUUAACCCAAAUCUUGCAGGGCCUUGGAUUGUUGGUAACAUUAAUACUUGUAUUACUUCAUCACUUUCCUAUUAGCAUGAAUACUCUUUGGUA